GGAACUCCUGAUCGUGUUUCCAGUCGGAAGCUCUUCCGGUUUGUGACGUUACUUCCGGUCCUUUGUAAUAAAGACCGGGUGGCUCCUGUGGUCUGUGUUUUUAUAGUUGGUUCGAGUAAUCCUCCUCGAAUCGGUGCCAUCAGAACCACAGUCAUGACGGUGGGGAAGAGCAGCAAGAUGCUGCAGCACAUCGACUUCAGGAUGAGGUGCAUCCUGCAGGACGGUCGCGUCUUCAUCGGCACCUUCAAGGCCUUUGACAAGCACAUGAACCUGAUCCUGUGUGACUGCGACGAGUUCCGGAAGAUCAAGCCAAAGAACUCAAAACAGCCGGAGCGUGAGGAGAAGAGGGUUCUGGGUCUGGUUCUAUUGAGGGGGGAGAACCUGGUCUCCAUGACGGUGGAGGGCCCGCCACCCAAAGACACUGGGAUUGCUCGGGUUCCCCUGGCGGGUGUGGCCGGAGGUCCGGGUGUGGGUCGGGCAGCUGGUCGUGGUGUUCCUGCAGGAGCUCCGAUGCCUCAGGCUCCUGCCGGACUGGCAGGGCCGGUCAGAGGAGUGGGCGGGCCUUCCCAGCAGGUGAUGACACCACAGGGCAGAGGGACUGUUGCCGCGGCAGCAGCAGGAGCUAGCAUUGCUGGGGCCCCUACACAGUACCCUCCUGGCCGAGGAGCCCUGCCCCCUAUGGCCCGGGCUGCACCCCCUCCAGGUAUGAUGGGCCCGCCUCCUGGCAUGCGGCCCCCGAUGGGUCCUCCAAUGGGAAUGCCUCCCGGUCCGGGUCGUGGCGCUCCGAUGGGAAUGCCUCCUCCAGGCAUGAGGCCGCCGCCCCCUGGGAUGAGAGGGCCGCCCCCUCCUGGGAUGAGACCUCCUCCCAGGCCAUGAAGAAGCUCCGCCCCCUCACAUUCACCUGUUGUAUAGAUGUUUGUUUUUUACUUUUUAAUAAAGUUUUCUCAGUUUAAA